AUGGCGGUGGCAAAUUCAAGCCCUGUCAACCCCGUGGUGUUCUUCGAUGUCAGCAUUGGCGGCCAGGAAGUUGGCCGGAUGAAGAUCGAACUUUUUGCCGACGUUGUGCCUAAGACAGCGGAGAACUUUAGGCAGUUCUGCACUGGGGAAUUCAGAAAAGAUGGGGUUCCCAUAGGAUACAAAGGAAGCACUUUCCACAGAGUCAUAAAGGAUUUCAUGAUUCAGGGUGGAGAUUUUGUUAAUGGAGAUGGUACUGGAGUUGCCAGCAUUUACCGGGGGCCAUUUGCAGAUGAAAAUUUUAAACUUAGACACUCAGCUCCAGGCCUGCUUUCCAUGGCAAACAGCGGUCCCAGUACAAACGGCUGCCAGUUCUUCAUCACCUGCUCUAAGUGCGAUUGGCUGGAUGGAAAGCACGUAGUGUUUGGAAAAAUCAUUGAUGGACUUCUAGUGAUGAGAAAGAUUGAGAAUGUUCCCACAGGCCCCAACAAUAAGCCCAAGUUGCCUGUGGUGAUCUCGCAGUGUGGGGAGAUGUAA